AACUUGAUUCAUGUGUGUUUUGAUAAUUUCAUAAUCUUAAAAAAUUAUAACAAGGGCUUGAGAUCAGGGACUGGUGAAGGGGCUGUCGGCGCCUUGUCUGGCCACGAAAGUGGCAAAAAGAAGCCCCUGAAACAGCCCAAGAAGCAGGCCAAGGAGAUGGAUGAGGAGGAUAAGGCUUUCAGGCAGAAACAGAAAGAGGAGCAGAAGAAACUCAAGGAGCUGAAAGCCAAGGCUGCGGGGAAGGGGCCCCUGGCCACAGGUGGAAUUAAGAAAUCUGGCAAAAAGUAA